AAUUAAAGCGAGCGCAAUCAGGCUUUAAUUUCUGUGGUCACAAGUAGCAGGAUUUGCUUUCGCUUCCGCGUCGCGUCGCAUUUGAUUCGACAUUUACUGAAAUGAUGCUUUUCGAUCAUUUACAUUUCUUUUUCCUGCGAUGAAGAGCGAAUGACGCGGUUUAUCACCUAUUCCUAGAAGUUUCGAAGUGUAAGGAUGACGGCAGACAUAACCACAGUGAGCCGAGUUCCCGUACCGGUCGACCAGCAGUCGCAGCUCAAUAGCCUUCCGAAGUCAUCAGACCCAUCACUUUAUGUCGCUCCCUCUCGUAUCCCAGAGGCAGGAAAUGGCCUAUUUGCCCAUACCGCCAUCAGCCGGGAUUCAGUGGUAACUAGAUAUACUGGCAGCAUUCUGAGCACGGGCGAAGCUAUGCGCCUCGAGGAUAAAUGCUAUCUGAUGCGACUAGGGAACGGCAUAUAUGUGGACGGAAAUCCUAAUCGACCAAUAAAGGCUGUCUCUGCAGUAGAGGGAGGAACUGUCGAAGACCGCGAGGUAUUGAACCAGAAAGCGCUCCAAGAAGGGCAAGGUGAUGUUCUUGUAGCAGAGUCGGAAGAAUCUUCUGGCAAACCCAGCAGCAUAUCGAGCUCGUGCUCCUUAGCGUCGUACCUGAACGAUUGUAAGCCUUACAAUUGCUAUUUCGUGAAGAGACCAGAAGCGGGAUGUGCGGACGUCGUCGCUUUACGAGAUAUUGAACCGGGUGAAGAGUUGUAUGUUAGUUACGGAAAAAUGUAUUGGGCAGGUCAUAACCUCACAGCUGGUCCGAAAAACAAGAAAGAUGCUGUGGAUGCAGCGUAGAAGCGAAGUUAGGCAGGUGAAACAUCAUGUGAACAAGUAGGUGUUUUUCUCUUGUAUUAUUCGCUUUCUGCUUUCAGAAAGAUAGACAGCCACAUGUUGAGAUGGCGACAUAGAAAUUCCUUCAUGAAGGUGAUCUGAUCGACACAAACUUGUUAACUUCCUGAACUUUCUUGUCCCCAUGGAGGAAACGCAUUCAAGUACCUGUACAGAACCUGUAUCGAUAUCAGCCG